AUCGUCCUUGCAAUCCAUCAGUACAAUUCUCACGCACUGUACAGCUCUACUUUCAGUCUCAUUCUGUCAACGAGAAACACUUACAAUCAUACCAAUUGGUCUCGAACAAUGCCUUCCAACAAGUGUUCAGUUGCUGCUUCCUUCCCUUACCCUGAAGCGCAUACUCCUCCAGGAAGUCCUCGCCUUACCUCUGAUCAGUGCAUCUCCAGGGGUGAACUGAAGGAUCUAUUCAAAGCCGUUCUUGAGGAACGAUCUGCAUCAAGCUAUGAAGGUCCAGCAUGUCGACCGGAGGGUCUGAAGAAAGAUGGAGAUGGAGGACGAAGGACAAGGAGAGUAAGGAGGGUCCGGGCUUCGAAGC